UCCAAAUCAGGGAGGCAACUCUGUUCGGAGAAUGUUACAUACAACGGGGUUUUCCAGAGGAUUUUCGAUUGAGUCGCACAAGAGUAGACAUUUGUUAAAAUAUCCAAAUGAGUUUAGAAAAAUUUGUAAACCAACACAUUCAGCUUCUUGAUAAGGAGCGAGAGGCUGAGAUAGAAGAGACGAGACAUGUCAAUGAAACAUUGCCACCAAAGGAGCUUCAAAGGAGAGGAGUUUGUUUGCUGAAGCUUCAUAUUAGAUCCCGUCGAACUGGCUUUUAUGGGAGAACAGUUGUCACGUUUGAACCAGGAGGAGCACUCCAAGAGUUACCUGCCCAUAAUAUUACACCUGGUGAUAUAGUUAGCCUGACUGCCAGCUCGGCCCAUCAAGGCGAUGAGGGUUUUGGGUCAGGCAUUGUGACACAUGCUGGAAAGUCGGCCAUUAGUGUAGCAUUUGAUGACAAGGAGGAUUUGUAUGAUUUACAGGAGGAGGAUCUCUACAAGCUUACCAAGCUUGCUAAUGAUGUCACGUACAAACGACUAAAAAAUGCACUGAAUAAUCUGAAAAAGGGUGAUUUUGGUGGAUCAAGUAGACUUGUGGAUGUGUUGUUUGGAGAAACAGACCUGUCUUCUCCUUACAACCUCAAAGACAUCCACCUGGUAAAUUCUGGACUGGAUGAGUCACAAGAAGAUGCUGUUAGGUUUGCUCUUGCUCAGCCAGAAGUAGCCAUUGUGCAUGGUCCUCCAGGCACAGGGAAGACCACUACUGUCAUAGAAAUCAUCAUCCAGGCUAUCAAGCAGGGCAACAAGAUUUUGGCUUGUGCACCAUCUAACAUUGCUGUUGACAAUUUAGUGGAACGACUGGCCCAGCAUAAACAAAAGGUGGUGCGACUUGGUCAUCCAGCAAGAGUUCUGCCACAUAUACAGAAAUAUUCUCUAGAUGCUAUCUUGUCUUCCAGUGAAGAAACACGUUUAGUGGAGGAUGUCCGCAAAGAUCUUGAUAAAAAUCUGUCUGCCAUUAGAAAAACCAGAGAUCAUGGAGAAAAGCAAAAAAUACGAGAAGACGUAAAGUAUUUACGAAAAGAAUUGAGACAGAGGGAGGAAGCUGCCUCCAAAGAAGUCCUGAAAAGAGCUGAUGUUGUCUUAGCAACCCUUAGCUCAGCUGACCCGAGAGGACCAAUUAGAUAUCUCGAUAAUGAACACUUUGAUCUGGUUGUGAUUGAUGAAUGUUCACAGGCGGUUGAGGCGGCCUGUUGGAUUCCCCUUUUGAGGGCCCCACGGUGUGUUUUAGCUGGAGACCAUUUACAGCUUCCACCCACAAUACUCAGCAAAGAAGCUGCUAGUGCCGGCCUAGAGACAACCUUGAUGGAGAGACUUCUUGACCUUUAUGGUGGCAAGGUCAUGAGGAUGCUGACCACUCAGUACAGGAUGCACCAGCUGAUCAUGCAGUGGUCCUCGGAUCAGCUGUACGAGGGCAAGCUCACUGCUCACUCCUCAGUGGCUACACAUCUCCUCAGAGACAUUGAAAAGGUGGAGGAGACUGAGGAGACAUCGGAGCCGCUGUUGUUGAUUGACACAGCAGGUUGUCAGCUUUAUGAACUCGAUGUCCCCGAGGAAAUCUCUAAGGGAAAUGAAGGUGAGGCAGACAUUGUCAGCAGCCAUGUUGAAAAACUUAUCAAACUAGGAUUGAACCAGGAGGAGAUAGCAGUUAUUGCCCCAUACAACUUACAGGUUGAGCUGUUGAGAUUACGACUUUCCAGUGAUUAUCCAAAAGUGGAAAUCAAAUCAGUGGACGGAUUUCAAGGAAGAGAGAAGGAGGCUGUCAUUAUAUCCAUGGUCAGGAGUAACAAGAAAGGUGAAGUAGGAUUUCUAGCAGAAAAGAGAAGAAUCAAUGUAGCCAUAACCAGAGCGCGGCGCCACCUAGCAGUGGUGUGUGAUAGUGAGACAGUGGGGCACGACGCCUUCCUCAAAUCUCUAGUGGACUAUAUGUCAGCUAAUGGGGUUGUGAAAACGGCUCAGGAAUUUGUAGAGGCUGGAAUCGUAUAUAACAAAGUAACAAGACCAGAUCAUCUCAAUGACCUCUUGACCUUACCAAGCAACAACAAGGGAGCAAAACCAAAGUCUGCCAAAAACCAAAAGAAAUCUCAAAACAAGCAGAAACCAGCCAAGACAGAAGGCCAAAUUCCUGAAGCAGAGAAAUAUCAAAAAACAGAAGAAGAAACAAAUGAAAGGAUCAAAGAAUUUCAGGGAUAUUUAGAUACAUUUGUACAGGAACCAUCUUCAGGAGAGUUGGAAUUUCCUUCCUCCCUGAACUCGCAUGAUAGGAUGCUUGUUCAUGAGUUGUCAGAGAAGAUGGGACUGAUACACAUUAGCAAAGGGGCUGGCAAAGAGAGACAUAUAGUGGUGUCAAAACCAGGUGGUGGUGGUGGCCAUGAUGUUGUCAAGUGUUCAUCAAAACAACAUUUAGAAAAGGAAAAGAUUUCAGAGGAGAAGGUAGCUGGAGCACAAAAUGUGGAGCUACCAUCUCAGGCAGAGGAAGAAUUUCCAGAGGAUAAGGAAUCACAAGCUGCUCCAAAUCAGAAAGAACCCGAUAAAAUUGUGUGUAGACUUUGCAGCAAGUCAGUUAUUAAAGCAAACAUUCAGUUACAUGAAACUCACUGUUUACGAAUGCAGAGACAGAAAUCUGCACCCAAAUCUGCUGAUUCUAGUAGCAAAAAGCAUAAAGAUCAAAGCACACCAAGAGCACCGAAUGCCCAUGCAGAUGUGGUAGCCAAAUUGGAGAAGGUGGAUGGUGAUGAUUUGGACAGUAUGAUUGCUGCGGUUCAGAGCGUGGAUAGGGAGUGUAGUUUUAAGAAAUGUAAGACCAGCACUAGAACACUGGGUCAUAAUUGUGAAUUCUGUAGGAGAAGGUUCUGUCUCAAUCAUCACAUACCGGAAGUCCAUGGAUGUGGAGAUGCAGCAAAGGCCCAUGCCCGAGCAACAAUUAUCAGAGAGGGGGUGCUGUACAGAGGUAGUGGGGUGCCCGACAAAAGGCCUGACCCCACACGCAAGGCCCAACUUCAAAAGAAGUUGGAUAAAAAAUUAACUGAUAUGGCUACCAAACGGCAGGGCAAGAAACAAAAGAAAUAAUGCACAGCGGGAUGGCCAUGAGGACGCAGCUGCGGGGUGACAGGCGAAUCCAGGAAUUUUAAAACGCCUUAAACAUGCUGUGGGAACUUAACAUGGUGUGACAGUGAUAGUACAACAAAUAAAUGUUUUGUUUUAUCUCUAUUAUUAUUAUUAUUUGUUUAUUACUUAAAGUAAAAAAAAUCACCAACUACGAAAACGUUUAAUAACAAUUUUAGUUUACAUUCCAACAGGUGUGUGUCUAAAAACGAUGCUCAAGUAAACGUUGUUCGAUAAUUACUAUUAUAUAAUUAUAGUUUUAAUCGUUUGUUUUAAGCAUGGAAUAUGGCUUUAGAUUGCAGUCUUCUUUGGUGAAAUUCCAGACUCCUUUAUUUCUAUCAAUUUCAUUGUAUAUUAAUAUUAGGCCAACCAAUGUACUGGGCAUUUCUCAUUAGCUGCAGAAAGACCGAUUAAUUGAAGUUCGGAAUUUCUUGGUGCUGUUGGAGACCUUUGCGCUGUCACGGCGUCCUCACUCCGUUUCUACUGCAUGUUUAUCAAAUUGCAGAGCGACGGCGCGUAAUUUGUGCACGUUCAAAGUGCGCGCCGGCGCCGGCGCAUGGCGUUCUGUAAUGUUUUAGGCUAUCCCACCGCGACAAAUAAAAAUGCCGUUGCGUUGUUACGUCGCUGUAGGGGACUCUACUGCGUGUACCUUGGCGUUUUACAUUAUUCAAAGGCACAGCCGGAUCACCAUGAGGACGCAGCUCCGGUGUGACAGGGGAAAACGCAGCCCCGGUGUGACAGGGAAGGACGCAGCU